CAAAACAGCAAUGACGACAAUGAGUGCAAAGCUGAUAUGGCUGGCUCUGUAUCACUUCUACAUGACAAUGAGUGGAGCAGCUGAAGAAGAAUGCAGACAACUGUUUUAUUCCGAACCAGUGAAAGACAAGGUUCUCCUCAAUCAUGUUAUAAUAAGAAUAGAUAUAGCGAUAGAAGAUGUCUGCAGCAUCCGAUGUUUCCUUGAGCCCAAUUGCUUGUCUUAUAAUGUUGGACUGCUGGAACAAAGCAACCAAUACCUGUGUAUGAUCAGCGACUCCAAUGACGUUCUACAUCCAGGAGAUUUGGUUCAGCGGAUAGGAUUUACCUACCAUAGAACCAAGAGUCCAUGCAACACUGAUCCUUGCAGGAAGAAUAUGACUUGCCAACCGGGCUACACUAGCAAAGGAUACCGUUGUAGGAAAAACAUCACGUCGAUGUCAUUAAACUCCAACAAACCAGCUGCCAAAGAACGCUGGACGAUGGUAUUUAAAGUUGUUAGUGGCCUUUCUCCACCCCACCUUGGUGAAAUUUGGUUGUCACCGUCCCUCUAUCAUGAAAAUCUCAACGAAACCUUCGACAUAACGUCUGCUUAUCCAACUCAUUACAAGAAUCGUAUUGUAAUGGACUGGGAAUAUUUUGACCCUAAAGAGGCUCGCAUCGUUUUGUACAAGGAUGGUCAACAAGUCAUCUCCCUCAAGUUCAAUGCCACAGGUACAAACAACUUAGAUUGGUUUUCACAAGAAAACCUUCUUUACUCGCCAUGGAGCGAUCUCAAACUGUUCUCAGGCGUAAAUUUCGGCCUUCUGGGCCCCAUAGUUCCUGAUCGCUUCUUUGAAAUAACUGGGCCUUACUCUGGUUGUGCAACGGAUAUCGGUUGGUUGGUUGCUUCAAGUCACCAAGUAUGUCCAUGGGACAAACGAGCACCCCAGCCUAACAUCCAAUACAGCCGAAAGCAACUGGGGUCACUUAUGGAAGAUUACG